AUGGAGGAGCGGGUCAUUUAUCCAAUAGAUGAAGCACCACCUUUACUGGGAUUUUCUCAAGCUCGGCCAUCCUCCUUCACUGUGCCAUCUUACGCCGGCGUGUGGCCUACCCGGCCACAGCCGAAGCGCGUACCCCAGCUCGAGGUUGAUGUUGAUUUGACCAGGAUCGUGAGCGAGGAGCAAGAGCGUCGCCAACUUCAUUUUGAUGCUCACUCGGUCAACCUGUUUUUCUUCCUCGGCUCCCAUUCUGCUGCUGCUGCUGCUGAACCCUCUCCUUGGGCUGUCCAGCUGGCUAAUCGAACCUUUCGUCUUUCCCAACCAUCCUGUGUCCUUGUCCCAAAAGGUAUCCCCUACAAAUUUAUCAAUGCUUCCUCUACUGACUUGCAUCUCAGUCGUGUAAUUUUCUCCUAA